CCUUUCUCCACUCUUAUUAUAUAUUUCGGUCCAGGCAGCAACUCUUGCUUGCCAUAUUUAUCUUCACCAUGGCCACUGACGCUUCCCCUCAAUACCGGCCUGUGCCACUUCCUCCCGACUUCCACCCCGAUAUCUCACCUUCCCACCCGCCAACCCACGACGGCCUCCACUUUUGGCAAUUCAUGAUCGCUGGCUCCAUAGCGGGCUCUGUCGAGCACAUGGCUAUGUUUCCUGUUGACACCCUUAAGACGCGCAUGCAAGCUAUUGGUGCUUCAUGUUCGGUUCAACCCAUAGGCGUUCGCCAGGCCCUCGGCUCCAUCUUGAAGCUCGAAGGUCCUUCCGGACUUUACCGUGGUAUAGCUGCCAUGGGGCUUGGCGCAGGACCCGCCCAUGCAGUUUACUUUUCUGUUUACGAGCUGUCUAAGCAAGCUUUGUCACGUGGCGAUCCCAACAACUCGAUGGCUCAUGCCGCUUCUGGCGUGGUGGCCACUGUCACGAGCGACGCGGUGUUCACGCCUAUGGAUAUGGUGAAACAGAGACUGCAGCUGAAGAGCAGUCCGUACAAGGGCGUAGCGGAUUGCUUGCGGAGGGUUCUGAUGGAGGAAGGGAUUGGAGCCUUCUACGCUUCUUAUAGGACAACUGUCGUUAUGAACGCGCCGUUUACUGCUGUUCACUUCGCCACGUACGAGGCAGCGAAGCGAGGGCUGAUGGAGGUGUCGCCUGAUAGCACCGACGAUGAGAGGUUGGUCGUUCAUGCCACCGCUGGUGCCGCUGCUGGGGGCCUGGCUGCUGCCGUUACAACGCCGCUCGAUGUUGUUAAAACCCAGUUGCAGGUCCAGGGAGUCUGUGGCUGUGAUAGAUUUUCCAGCAGUUCAAUUGGGAAUGUUAUCCGAACAAUCGUGAAGAAGGAUGGAUACCGAGGCCUUAUGAGGGGAUGGAUCCCAAGGAUGCUCUUCCAUGCUCCUGCUGCUGCAAUCUGUUGGUCCACUUAUGAAGCAUCGAAGACCUUUUUCCAAGAGCUAAACAGCAGCUACAACUAAGUUGGUCUAGAAAUGAAGAACGCUGCAGCUUAAUUAGCCUGAAUCGAGAUAAUACAUGAAUGUCCAAUCCAGGAAUCCGGGUAAAUCUGUUGGCCAGGGUCACAUGGAAAAUUCACAAUAAGCUUAUGUCUGCAAUUUCUUCUUCACUCAGAUCAAGUAAAUAUUAUUGAUUGAUCUAUCAAGUUACUUGAUAUGCUUU